CAAGCGUGACUUUUUGUUUCCUUAGAGACAAAGCAUUGAGAGCCCGGCCCAGGAAAAGAUCCCAGCAUGCAAGCGAACUGCAGCCAUCCCCACGGCACCCAGGGGAGCGGCGGUGACCCUUCGCCUUCCCAAAGCAGCCACGCGGCUGGGCAGAGCUCGUGCCACCCGAGCGGAGAUGUUCACAUCCAGCUGAGCUCUGCUGGGGGAGAAGGUGGAGAAAACGCGAGUUGGAGGCGUUCGAGGCUGAGUUCCCAGAGCCGCUCGCACGGUCACAGCCACAGCGAGGGGGGGAGCUCUGCUGACGGCGCUCCGGACCCGGAGGAACACAGCAGUUCCAUCUCCGAGCUCAGAUACGUCCUCCAGUGGCUGCACAGAAGUCUGCCCUAUGUUUUGAUUCUGGGCGUCAAGUUGAUCGUGCAGCACAUCAUUGGCAUCUCUCUUGGAAUCGGGCUGCUGACAACCUACAUGUAUGCAAACAAAAGCAUAGUAAAUCAGGUUUUCCUCAAAGAACGGUGCUCCAAGUUGCAGUGUGCUUGGCUGCUGCUGUACCUCACUGGAUCCUCUCUCCUCCUGUAUUACACCUUUCAUUCUCAGUCUCUGUACUAUAGCUUAAUCUUUUUAAACCCUACCGUGGAUUUUAAGAACUUCUGGGAGGUUCUUUGGAUUGUGGGAGUCACAGACUUCAUUCUAAAAUUCCUCUUCAUGGGCUUCAAGUGCUUUAUUCUCUUGGUGCCUUCUUUUAUGAUGUCCUUUAAAUCCAAGGGCUACUGGUACAUGCUGUUAGAAGAACUCUGCCAGUAUUACCGUAUGUUUGUCCCCAUACCAGUUUGGUUCCGAUAUCUUAUUGGCUAUGGGGAGCCGGACAGUGUACUUGGACAGACCCUUGGGACAUUGCUGGGCCUUUCCUACCUCAUUCUCAAGCUUUUGAGCUUUUUUGGACAAUGGAGAAACUUCAGACAGGUUUUACGGAUAUUUUGUACGCGACCACACUACGGGGUGACAGCAAGCAAGAAGCAGUGUUCUGAAUCGGAUGAUAUUUGUUCUAUCUGCCACACUGAAUUCCAGAAGCCUAUCCUGCUGAUCUGCCAGCACACAUUUUGUGAAGAAUGCAUCUCUUUAUGGUUUAAUAGAGAAAAAACAUGUCCACUCUGCAGAACUGUUAUUUCAGACCAUGUUAACAAGUGGAAGGAUGGAGCUACAUCUAUGCGCCUGCAGAUUUUCUAAGGCAUGUCAACCAACUUGUUUUAGUUUGUACAGCUUACUGCAAAUGGGAGUGCAGGUGGAAUGAGUUUCCCAAAUUAAGGUAUCUGGGAUUUCUUGCUUCUAGGAAAUGUUUUAAUACUUAGAACAGUGCAGAGAGUGCCGACUUCGUAAGCAUAGGAAAAUAAGUUUAUAAAGUGAAAGCAGGAAAGUCAGCAUUGCUUCUGUUGUGAUUCUUUCAGACAACAAUCAAACUCUUCCAAAACGCUGUGUUUGCAGCAGCUUCUUAAAUCAGCAUUUAAUUUAAAAGCUUAUGUAGUGUUCCAGACUGUGCUAAGUUGUAUUUAUGCCUCUAACAUUACCCAAGAACCCAGGGUUAGCAGUGAAUUUCACACUCUGGACAACAGUGGGAGCUAAAGCUACCUGUCACACCUGGCAUUAAUGAUGUCUUAAUGCUACAGCAGCUUCUUCCUGCAUCAAUACUAGCAGCUCUCACUGCAGCUGGAGAUAAACACGAGACGUUUCUCCUUUAGGCUUGUGCAGAUUUCCAAUUGAUCACAGAUUUAAUACAGAAAAGCAACUGCUGAUGUUAGUUUUUUACUGAGCUUUUUCUGAGAUUGGUAUUUUUAAAACAGAUCUUUAAUACUCUAUUUUUGUCACAGCAGGAACGAGAUUUUCUUACAGGGGAGAAUAUUUUAUACUAUAUAUACCAUUUGUAGUACGCAUAAGAAUCAGAGGGAAUAAACGCAUUUAAAUCUA